AAAAUAGUGAAAUGUCAAAAAAUGUAAACAACACAAACGAAAACAAACAUUGCUUAUUUUCUUCAAUUUAUUUCUUUAAUUUUACUAAUAAAUAGCCAUGAAAACGGAUGCAGAAAAAACCAUUGAGAUUCUCGAAGCGAGUGAACGCGUGGCUGAUAAGAUAUUGGUAAACAAACAGGAGAUUAUCGACUUGGAUAAGCGGCGCCAGGCAAAUCGCGAAGCCUUGCGCGAAUUGAGAAAGUCUCAGGAGGGAAAACACUGGAUUUCCGUUGGGAAUCUCCUUGUGGAAAUGCCAAGGAAGAAAGCAGAAGAACUUCUGGUUAAAGAUCAGGGGGUUAUCGACAGUGAUAUUGAGAGGCUGAGAAAUGAGCAAAGGAAGCUGGUUAAUGAACUUCGGGACUUGGAACACUUGUCACCAGCUAAGGGAUUUGAUAUGAAACCCCUUGCAAGGGAUGAGAUGUCGGCCCUGCAGGCUAAUUUGCUUAAUUUUAGGUAAUUCUUUGAUGUAAUUUUAAACUAAUAAUAUCUCUUCUGCUGGAUGUUAAUUAAAAACGAUUUACUUGUAUAAAAA